CCGCCGCCCCGCCACCCGCCGCGCUCCUCCCCGCCACCGUCUCCUGCCCCCCGCCCCGCGGACCCCGUGCCACCACGCCCCGCGCGACUCCGCCCCAAACCCUAACCCUAGCUCCGCCGUGCCACGGCUCCCGAGCUAUUUCCUGCGGCGACUCUGCGAGGAGGUCCCGCCUCGUUGCGGGCAUCCUGCCUGCGUACCUGUGGCGGCGUCUCUAGUGGUGUGUGAGCAAUGACUUUCGUGGCUUCUGUGCUUUGUUGAACACUGAGCGACACCUCUAUGGGUGGGAUGGUUGAGUACGGUGUCAGUGUCAGUACCAGGUCUUCACCGCGCAGCGCGGCCAUUGAAAAAGCUCAGGAGGAACUCAGGCAGGAGUAUGAUGUUCGUGAAGAACGGAGGAGGGAGCUGGAAUUUCUAGAGAAAGGUGGCAACCCAUUAGAUUUCAGAUUUGACCAUGUAGAAUCAGUCAGUUUGCAGUCUACUUCUCUCACAGAUCCAAUAGUUGAACAAAAUGUGAUAAGUGAAGCUAAAGGUAGUUUUACAUUUGCUGCGUCACCCCAUGGAGAUUCAGUUGAGAGCAGUGGCCAGCCAGGAAGUUCGCUGUGUCGUGAAACCAACACAGCAGACAAUCUUAUGCUUUUUGGUGGAGAUAACAACGGCGCUGUGAAGGAGAAAGUUGUGAAGAGAGGAUCAAGAAGAACUAAUGUAGCUCAACUAAGGCAGACCUCUGAUGGCCACAACAAUGCAAAAAGAUCUGAAGAUUCUGGUUUGUCACGCCUUGGAGCAAAGAGUCAGGCAUAUGUUCGACGCAAUAGGUCAAAGUCAUGCAGGGAGAGUACUAAUGUGACCUCUGUUACAUCUCCCGUGAUUGCUGCUACAGUUUCUGAACCAAAAGAUUCAGAAGGUGUAAUCAAGGAAAAACAAGCAGAUGAUCUUGGUGCAUCCCAUGGUUCAAGUUUGAACCAGGCAGAACCAAAGUACGAGAAUGGGCCGAAUACAGCUUCUGAUGAACAUAUGAUAACUGAGUUUAACGGGAUUCAAGCUGUCCGUGAAAGCCACUGCAUAGCAAAAUUUGAAGCGAUGCAAGGUGAUUAUGAUAGCAAAGCUACAGAAACAGUGCCCAAUGAUGUGAAUGGCAAUCAGCAGGCUGAUAAGUGUGGUGAGAUAGCUGAAGAAGGUGCAUCCUUAGAAACCCCUGAUGGUACUUCAAAAACUGUUCUAAGGUCAUCUUAUUCUAGCGCAUCCACACAUGAUGAGAUAAAAACAUGUGCUGCUGAUGAGAAGUUUGAGAGUGAUCAGUUGGAUGGAAAUAUGGCCCAUAUCCAUGUAGGCAGACAGGAUAACGACCGUCCGAUUCUUGUCUGUGCUCUCAAAGCUGCCACUUCGCCAAAAAAUGUGAUGGAUCCACGUUGUGAAGAAACGGCCAGUACUAUUGACAAUCACGCAGAUGGUAAUAAUCCGGUUCCAAUGAUAAUUGAUAGAAAGUCUCAUGAAGACAACAUCAGUGGAAUUUCUAGCAAGACUGUUAAGGAAGGUGGACAAGUGGAAGUUUUUAGCAGGCCUACUUCCGUGAUCGAAGAUUCCAGUUCUAUACCACCUGAAGUUAGUACCAUUAUUCAAGUGAAAGAUGAAAUGGAAAUUUGUGAUGAUGCAAUAGGUGCUGAGAAGGAUGCCAGCUGCUCAUAUCCGAGAAGCAUUAUUAACAAUAAGGGCAGUCCAGGUUUGGAGAGGAUUGACAGUUGUCAUGGGGAUUCUAACUCUGCCCAUCCUAUUGGUGUAGGCUCUGCUUUAAAUACUUUGCCUGAGUCUGCACCAUCAUUAAAAACUGAUGCGUCUAAUGUGGAGAGUGAGAUUCAAAAAUGCGGAGAGAACGUCAAUCAGAUGACAAACAAAGAAUAUGAAGAUUCUAUCCUUAGAAAAGCCCGUCUUAUAGAGGUGGGUCUCAAGAGAGCUUGUGAACGAUCUCCAUGUAAUAUAUCUUUAGAGAGGAGGAGAAAGGGUCACUGGGAUUUUGUCCUUGAGGAGAUGGCUUGGAUGGCGAAUGAUUUUAUGCAGGAACGUCUAUGGAGAAUUACGGCUGCAUCUCAAGUGUGCCAUUGGAUUGCCUCCGAUGGCCUGGCCAAGUUUGACCAAGCAAGCAUUCUUAGAAAGCAGAAAACUGUUAUUAGAUGUCUUGCAAAGGGUAUCAUGAGUUUUUGGCGUUCGGCUGAGGCUGUACUAACAACUGGUGGAAGAGCUAAAGUGAUGCAAAAAUGUGAUUCAGACAUGCCAGGAGAGACGAAGCCUACUGGAAUAGAAGCUGAGAAAGAACAGGGCAAUGAGUCUAUGGAAACGGAACAGUCCACUUGCCCUCUUCGAUCUCAAAUUCAGGAUUAUGCAGUUCGAUUUCUCGAAUAUAACAAUCAGGUUUCUGAUUCUGUUGUGCUGACUGAAGCACCACCAACUCCGGACAGGCUGAAUGACUUUGGCAUCUUGAAAGUAUCUGAUCAACUUUCACAGGGAAGUCUAUUCUACACAGUACCUCCUGGUGCAAUGCUAGCAUACAGGGAGUCCAUGGAAUCUCUUUUCAUGUAUCACAAGAGAAUUGGUAACACUGAACUCAAGUAUGAUUAUGAGGCAUCUGCUUGUGAUUCUGCUGCAGAUUGGGCUCAGGAAAAUAUGUAUGACGAGGAUGAAGGCGAUGCUUCUACUUAUUUGUCUGAAGCACAUGAUGGUGGAUUGCUGUCAAAAAUGGCUCAUAAGAAAAAACACAUAAUGCAUCAGAGGAUCAAUAGUUCAAGACCAUAUGAAACUGAUGUCUCGUAUGAACCAUGCUUGGAAAGCAAGUCAGGAAACAAUCAAUUCUAUUCAAAUGGCAAAAGACCUUCAUCUUUUGUUGGAAUUCCUACAAAGCGCGUCCGUACAGCUGCUAGACAACGAGUUGUAAGCCCAUUUGCAGCUAGUGUUGGUGGAACUCCUCGAGCCACAAGUAAAACAGAUGUUUCAAGUGGAGACACGGACUCAUACCAAGACGAUCAAAGUUCAUUGCAUGGUGGGUGGAAGAACAUGGAUUAUGAAUCAACAGUUGACUUUGACAGAAAAUUGCCAUAUGACGGUAGCGAAGAGUGGACUAAAGCUAGCAAGAAGAAGAAACAUAAGAACAUUGGAUACAAGACUGCUCAGAAUACAACCAAUUCACGUGGCACUGCUGUAAAGGGCCGUAUCUACGAUCAGAGAUCGCAAGUUAAUAUGACCACUCAAUACGAGCAGAAGGAUUAUCUGAAGAAGAGAUCAGAGACCCACCAAUUUUACUCAAAUGGAACAAUUGUUGCAAAUGGUGGUCAACAUGCUUCUAAGAAGCUUAAAAUGAUGAAGCAAGGGAUGGAUAUGUCACAAGAAGCUUCUCAUGUUGCAUCACAUAUGAGCAAUAUGGGAAAUCCUGGUAAAGUUAUAAAGAUCAUCACUAAUAAUAAGGAUCGUGGGAGAAAAGUGAAAGCGCUAAAGAUGUCUUCAGGUGGAGGAUGGUCAAACUUCGAAGAUCAGGCUCUGGUUGUCCUUGUGCAUGACCUGGGUCAAAAUUGGGAGUUAGUAAGUGAUGCAAUCAAUCACAUUGUGCAGUUCAAGACUGUACAUAGGCAACCUAAAGAAUGCAAAGAUCGCCAUAAGGUUCUUGUGGAUAAAAGUUCUGGUGAUGGUGCAGACAGUGCAGAAGACUCUGGUUCAUCUCAGCACUAUCAUUUUACCAUACCUGGCAUUCCACAGGGUAGUGCCAGGCAGUUGUUCCAGCGCCUUCAAGGACCAUUUGAGGAAGAGAAUCUUAAGUCACAUUUUGAAAAAAUUAUACUCCUCAUGCCACAAGUACAAUAUAGGCGUAGACAGGUUAAUAGCCGGGAGCUCAAGCCGAUCGUACAACCCCAUAGUUCUCAUAUUGUUGCACUUUCACAAGCAAGCCCGAACAACAUAUCUGGGGGCAUUUUGACGCCACUUGAUCUUUGUGAUGCAACACCUUUGAGCCUUGAUGCAGUCACACCUGGCAGUGGAUACCAGGGUUGUCAUGCAAACGGGAUGACAUUGUCAAAUCAACAUGUUUCAGCUGGUCCUACUACUUCUACCCCUAUUCCAAAUCUGAACCCCAGACUACCAGGGUCUCCUGGUAUGGUUCUGGGCAGCAACAUGUCGCCACCUUCAACGUUGAGUGCUCCUUCUAGGGACUCUCCAAAAUAUGGUGUUCCUAGACCUGCCUCUUUACAGGGUGAUGAGCAGCAGAAGGUUCAGUAUACUCAAAUGCCCAGUGGUAGAAAUCUUCAGCAACCUGGAGGUUCUGUUCCUGGAACAUGUCCUGCUGGAGUUGAUCGUGGUCCUCGCAUGAUUUCUGGUGCUCAUGGUGUUGGAAUGACAACAGGGGUACAUCGAGGUAUACCUGCAGCCAGAGCAGGGUUUCCCAGAGCUAGUUCCCCAGGAAUGCUAAAUAUGGUAUCGACUGGGAACAUGCCACUCAAAAGUGUGCAAGGAGUGCCAAACGCUGUAAAUGUCCAUCCUGGAGCCAUGUCUGCCCCUGGAAAUUCAAUAUUGAGACCGCGCGAUCCUAUGCAGAUGAUUCAUCCUGGUCAGCAUAUGGAGGAGCAUAGACGGGUGGUGAAGCCAGAGCUCCACUUGCAGGUUUCACCGGGAAGUAGUCAAGCUGCCCAUUUCAGCAGCAUGAAUCCAUCGUUCUCCAAGGCCGCAGCUUCUUCACCUCUUCAGCAAACCCAAAGGCCACAUCUGAUGUCACAACCGCCGAACAUGAUGGGUAACCCACAUCUUUCUCAGACCCAAGGAGCUAGCCAUUCAAGCCCACAUCAGCAGCCAUAUGCUAUGCAGUUGGCUAAAGACAGACAGUAUCAACACCGUAUGGUGUCUCAACAGCACAACGAUCUUUCUGUAGCAAGUGUGGUGCCCAGUGUGCAGAAAGGACCACAAAUUAAGCAGCAGAACCUAGCAUCUGCAGUCGCUUCGACCGCUGCUUCGCAACCACCGCAUCUGAAGCAGCAAUCUGCAAAGAAUCCACCAGGUAACUCUGCACUCCACAAUCAACCUGCCAAUGCUACAGAACCUAAACAGAAGAAACAACCAGGCCAGCAGCAGCCUAGACAAAAUCAACAGCAAAGGAACCAAGCUAGUCAACAAGCUAAGCUUAUGAAGAGUUUAGGCCGAGGAAACAUGCAGGCAGCUCAGACUCCUACAGUCGACGCCACUCCAGCCGGUGCUGUUUCCACGGCUUCCAAGAAACAAGCUUCUGGUAAUAAAGCGUCAAUCUCUGUAACACCUCAGCCUGGGAAUCAGCACAAGCUUUAUCCUUCUGUGCCUCAGUCGGCAAAGCAGUUCCCAGAUAUUGGUAACCAAGGCUUGAUGCAGGCUCCUCCUAGUCAUACCGUCUUAGCUUCACAACCGCCCCCGCUUCAUGCAAAGUUCUCGGCGACUAUGCAGCAGCAGAAUCAACGGCAGGCCAAUCCGUCACAGAACAGCAUCCAGAGAAUGAUGAUGCAACAAAACACCCAGAUGAAGCCUGACUGUAGGGUCGAGGCACAGAUUGACCAGGCCCAACAUACUCAGGUGAUUCCAGCUGUACCUAUUUCUCAUGGUCCGGAGUCGGGUAGUCCUGGAUCAGUUCCAUCUGUAAACCAGCAGAAGCCCCAGGCAUCAGUGCAUGACCCAGCUGCAGUUACAUCAACACCUGAGCCGUUUAUCUCUCCUAAGGGUAAUUCUGUUGGGAAUGAAACACCAUUGCCGUCGUCUAGCCAAGGCAUGUUGCAGAGGCAACUGUCAGGUGGAUUGUCUAUGCAUGGCUCUCCUAAGGGCAAUUUUGCUGGGAAUGAAACACCAUUGCCACCAUCUAGCCAAGGCAUCUUGCAGAGGCAACUGUCCGGUGGAUUGCCUAUGCAUGGCCAAGACGCCGGUGGUUUGUCGUGGCACCAGCAGCAUUUUAGGCCGCCGCAUCUGCUGCAGCCUCCGCAUCAACAACAGGCUCAGCACCAGCAGGAGGCAUCAGCAGUUGUUGACCCAGCUGCAGUCAUGUCAACAUCUGAACCACCCAUCUCUCCUAAGGUUAAUUUCGCUGGGAAUGAGACACCAUCGCCGUCAUCUAGCCAAGGCAUGUUGGAGAGGCAGCUGUCAGGCGGACUGCCUAUGCAUGGCCAAGACGCCGUUGGUGGUUCGUGGCACCAGCAGCAGUUUAGGCAGCCUCCACAGCAUCAACAGCAGCGGCCGGUUGCUCCAGGCAGUCUGUAUGCUCCCUCAAAUUCAGGGUCAAGUUGAUGAGUCAGUAUGGGCUAGUCGUUUGUAUGGAGCAACAACCCUUCUCCCUAAUUAAAGUUACUGUACAGGUGCCUCCAGAAGCCAACUUGUGUGGCCAAUCGCAUUUUAGGUAGAUAAUUUUUCCGUGCCAUGUCGUGGCUGGGAAAUGCUCCAUUGCAAGUCUAGAUAGGUAGAUGAUAGCCGGAAGGAGGACAGCUAAUUUUCUCUCUCGUGCCAGACCAGAUCAUAACCAGAAUCCUUGGUGGCCCCCAACUGUAUAUCUUUGGUAGGCCCAUGUUCCUAGAGUAACUGUGUGUCAGUCAGGAUUGUUCAUCUCGUUUUGUUUUCCCCAUGUACAAGAAAUUUAACUUAACAGCUAGAGAAUGCAUAAAGAAAAGUGACUUGCCUGUUGGCAGUUUGGUACA